GGUCAAUUCCUGUAUCCUUUGCUUGGGUUUCGAACAAUUUUUGGCUGGCUUUUACUUUUUGGCCGACUGGGUCCUUCACCUCAUUGAUGGUUUCAUCCUUGCUCUUGGCCGGUCGGUUGCUGGUUAGGUUAAGUCCUGAUUGCCUUGAUCGUAUCCUAGCCCCUGGACUGAUUCCAAGGCUGUUGGGCUAAAAAGCCAAGGCCAUUGAUUCGUCUCUGGGACUGUAAGACCAGCCGCCCUCAAACACGACUUGUCGUCUAGGCGUGGCAGUUAGUGGGUGGAUAGUGGGUGGGUGUUGGCGGUGGGUCUGUUUGGACGUGGCGGAGGUGGGCGUGAUGGCGGGCAAAAGCCACAGCGAUAAGGAUCUGAAGGAUGCAGGCAAUAAGCACUUCUCGGCGCGGAACUACGACUCGGCCAUCGAGUGCUACACGCAAGCCAUCCUCAAGAAUCCCGCCAUUCCCCACUACUACACCAAUCGAGCCUUGUGCUAUCUCAAUCAGAAACGAUGGGACUUGGCCGUCCGGGAUGCCAAACAGGCCCUCGAAAAGGAUGCUAAUCUCGUCAAAGGCCAUUUCUAUCUAGGCAAAGCUUUGUUGGAAAAGGACCAUUUGGACGAUUCCAUCAAGCACCUCCAGAGGGCCAGUGACUUGGCCAAAGAGCAGAAAUUGAAUUUUGGCGAUGAUAUCGCUGUGCAAUUACGGAUCGUGCGCAAGAAGCGUUGGAAUAUCCAAGAGGAAAAACGCAUCCAUCAGGAGAUUGAACUUCAGACCUACUUGAAUCGGCUGAUCCUCGAAGACAAAGAACGGAAAGCCGACGAACUCCGACACACGGGGCAAGAUGUGGACGUUCUGGUAGAGAAAGUGGAACACCAAGCUGAAGAUCGGUUAGCCGAAGUGAAUGCCUUGUUUGCUAAAGUAGAUGAGCGACGUCAGAAACGAGAUGUGCCCGAUUACUUGUGUGGCAAGAUCAGUUUUGAGGUACUCAAAGAUCCGGUUAUUACGCCCAGUGGUAUUACCUAUGACCGCAAGGACAUAGAAGAACACCUUCAUCGGGUGGGACACUUUGAUCCAGUCACAAGAACGAAGCUCACUCAAGAUCAGCUCAUUCACAACUACGCCAUGAAAGAAGUGGUUGACAACUUUAUCAUGGAAAAUGAGUGGGCCCUCGAUUACUAGUCAAACGGAUGUGCCUAAUAUGUUUUCCCCGUUCGGACCUCAUCAUGGAUGUCCCCCCGUUUACUUGGGAUUCUCUCAUCAAUAGAUCAUGACAGUCCACAAUUUUGAAUUUCGAAAUACGUUUUGAAAGCCCCGCACAUCCUUGUCAGAAAGUGAAGAAACUGACCCUCCCAAUGCUAAAAUAGAAUUUGAAGUGGACAAUAAUACAUAUAAUUUAUAAAACUGAAA